UAGGAGCGUUCGUUCAGGAGGCUUGUGCGGAUAACGGAAAAAUUGAGUUUUUACUAGUUUUUUUAUAUUUAUAUACUUCUUUUUACAUAAAAUUAAACAGACACGAUCAAACGAGUACCGCUGCUUUCCUUUUUUAAAACUAUGAAAUAGGCUCAUUCAGUUAGUCGUAAUUUACUGAGAUUUGGACAUACAAUACACAUCUUGAACAUUGCGGCGGCAUCCGGUUGCAGCAAAACACUGAUUCUUUGUUCGUGCAAGUUGGGAAUGACAUAGCAUCAUGUACAACGACGAUAGAACUUUCGAUGAUAUCGAAAAAGAUUUUAACGAUAUUGAAGCCACGAAAGCGUGGUCCAAAGUUUAUCAAAAAAUUGGACGCACUUGUAUGUCUUACCCAUAUACAUGCACAGAGGCUAAACGGAUAGAAAACAAAGAAUUUAACCGCUACCGUGAUGUGUACCCAUUUGAUCACACUCGUGUGAUUUUAAAAAGAAGCAAGACUGAUUAUAUCAAUGCCAACAUUGUGCCAGUGGAUCGUGCAGAUAAGAAAUAUAUAUUAACACAAGGACCUCUUGGUUCUACUGUUGGACACUUCUGGUUGAUGGUUUGGGAGCAAAAUAGUCGCGGUAUAGUUAUGUUAAACAAAAUCAUUGAAAAAAAUGAGUGUAAAUGCUUCUAUUAUUGGCCACAAGGCACUGGCGAAGAGUUUAAAUUAGUGCUUAAUGAUGUGAAAUUAACAGUAGAACAGAUAAGUGAGACAGAAAAUCCCGGUUACUUCACAAGAUUGUUUAAAAUUGUGGACAUGGAGACCUUGGAAUAUCGACUAGUUUCACAUUACCAUUACAUAACUUGGCCUGACUUUGGAGUGCCAUCUUCACCAAUGGCAUUCCUUGACUUUUUACUUACUGUACAAAAGUCAGGCACCUUGGAUCCAGAAGCUGGGCCGCCUGUCGUCCACUGCAGUGCAGGCAUUGGACGCUCCGGAACAUUCUGCCUAGUGGAUGCAUGUCUUUCUAUAAUAGAAAAAGAAGGGCAGAAGUAUAUUGACAUACAGCAAAUGGUUCUGGAAAUGAGGAAGAGCCGAAUGGGUUUGAUCCAGACAGCUGAUCAAUUGCGCUUUGCCUAUCGUGCAAUUAUAGAAGGCAAUAAGAAACUGCAACAAAAAUAUACGAUGGAGGAGAGUAUUUACUCAGAGGUUGUUGAAGUAGAAGAGGAGACCGCGCCGUUGCCGCCGCCCCGAGGGGAGAGCCUCGGCAAAGCGCCUGCGCGACCUCUACCGGCUAUACCUGCCAGCGCUUCCCUUGGAAAUAUGGUUCAUGCGUUGGUUUCGGAAUGGUCAAGUUCAGAUGAGGACAGUACAGCUGUAUCAACUCAGGAUGGAACAAAAGUCAUCCCACCAGAGGAAGAAGAUAAUGACGUCACCGUGCCAACAGAGAGCAGUGAGCAGACGAGCACUUUGCGACGGCGGAACACCAGCGAGCCGCCUGAGGACGCGCCGGCAAAGAAACGACACGCAAGAAAGUCAUCAGAUCAGUGGAAUGCUAUAAGGAGGUCUCUAUUCAAGCCAGUUACUCUUACCUUUGGCUUUCUACUCGUCGGCAUCUUUAUAUACUCAUAUGUGAAACACUAGACGUAUUCGUAUGUGUUAUAUUUGCGAAUUUGAAAGGAAAAAGAUUUCUUAACUCAGCUUUAAUGCACCGUCUAAUUAAGAGCUCCCGUAUAUUAUUUAUAGCAUAGGAUGUCUUUUAACCAGAUAGAACGAGAUACUGGAUUCAAAUGAGAAGACCGAACGUGGUGAGGGUGCCUUUCUAGAAGCUUUUGCCUGGCAUGAUUCGACUGUUCGGCCUGGGGAUUGCACUAGAGAGCAUUUUGUUAGACGGAAUAUUACAUUUAAGAAAUAUUAUUGGGGAAUAAAAUCGACUCAAGAAGGACCCGAGAUGAACGAGCAUUUAUGUGUGGAUUUAAAAAUGUGGAAGGCUGUAAGAGAAUGUGCCAAGAUCGCGCUAAGUAGAGUUCCAUAAUCUCUGCUUAGCACUCUGGGCCACGGGUGUGAAUUAUAUUGAUUUUGUUGUUGUUUUUUUUUAAAUAAAUCUCCUUCGCGUUCUUAACUAAAAUACAAAGGAGAGACUCAUUAAACCUGCAUCACAGCUUAAGAAAUCUUUUUACAAGAUUUUAUAACCAUGCCCGUGUAAUAUGUAUGUAUAUAAAUGGUAAAAAUCAUUGUUUCAAAUUACGGGUCUAUUUUGUAAUUAAAAUUGCGCAUCAUUUCAUCACACCUUUUGAUACAACAUAAUAAUAUCCUAAUCAAUAUUUAUGGUUAAAUUUAAGGUAUAUUUAAUAAUAAACGAU